AUGGCUGAUAAACUAAAAGAGCAACAGGUUUUUGACCAACUAAAAUCCAAGCAUCUGGGGUUGGGCAACGCUGACACGACCAGAAAGGAAUGGUUGGACAACAUAGCAAAGGACACCUACGCCACUUUAGUGCAGCACAACCCAAUGUUGGAGUAUCUAAGUAUAGGAUUGAACAAGCCCCAGGCUAUUACAAAGUUCGAGAUGAUUGAAAAAAUGGCAGGGUGUAGAGUUGAUGAGGAUGGCAUAAAAAGUAAAAUUGACCGAAACUAA